UUUCAGCGCACACAUAUACGAUUUAUCAUGGAUGCAGUCCAGCUCGAGGAUAAGUGCCGAUUAUGCCUUGACUCAGAAGGGUCUCGAGCGACAACAUCGCUGAACGAUGAAUCUUUUCGCAAAAUGUUGGAUUCCGUCUGCAACUUGUCGUUCGUAAUCAGCGAUCAGCUUCCAUCCAAGGUGUGCUGGCAGUGCUCAUCGAAGAUCACAGAGUUUCAUGGUUUCGUGCAAUCCAUCCGAUGCAAUCAAGAAACGUUGCUUACCAUGCUUCCGCUCACCAUGGUCAAAGUGGAAACACCUGCGUUGAACAAUGAAAUAUUUCUGGAAACUGAGAUGCUUGAAUCGACGGUGAAACAGGAAGAUUUCUCGCCGGAAGAAGACAAAACAGAUGAGGUGGAUGUUGCACCGAUGAGCGAAGAUGAGCCGGACAGUGAGCCGGAAUCGUCAGAAAAGACUGUUAGAAUUUCGGAUGACGAUCUUCUUAUUAAACAGUAUUUUACCUUGAAGUGCGAUUCGUGCUCAAAGUCGUUCGACACGUAUAAACAGUUGAGUAAGCAUACGAGGCAAGCUCACAAGAAGAAGCCCAGUUUCCAGUGCUGUGCCAAGACAUUCCAGGCAAGGCACGUUAUGCUGCGUCACAUCUACACCCACUUGAAACCAUUUAAGUGCGACAUAUGCGACAAGGCAUUCCCCUACCAGCAGACACUUGUACAACACAUGAACAUCCACAUGACCGAUAAGGAAAAACCAUACAAAUGUACCAAAUGUCCCCGCAAGUACCCCAAAAUGCAUUUGCUACGGACGCACGCCAGGUCCCAUGAUCGAGCGGAAUGUCCUACUUGCAAGAAAACCUUUGCGAACAUUUACGCCAUGAGAACUCACACUUUGGCAUUUCACAGUGAUGCCACGAGGUACGUCUGUGACGUUUGCGGCAAAGAGUUCAAAACCCAACGACAGGUGGCGUCGCAUCGGUUGGCUCACACGCAACCAACACUAGAGGACGGAGCGCGGUGUGAAAUCUGCAACGUGUGGAUUAGCCGGAAGGAACGGCUCCGUCGCCACAUAACCGAAAUACACGAAUCGAAGGAAACCGAAUGCGACAUCUGCCACAAGACAUACCCAAAUCUGAAGGCGAUGCGGAAGCACAAAUCGCUGGUGCACGUGGCGUUGAACUUCGAGUGCGAGGUGUGCGGAAAGAGGUUCAAAAAGGCUCUCAACCUGACGGAGCACCGGGCGUCGGCGCACACUGGCGAGAAGCUGUACUCAUGCGAGUUUUGCGGAAUGGAAAUGAACUCCAACGGCAAUCUGUACGCGCACAAGAAGAACAAACAUCCGGUGGAGUGGAUGGAAGCUAAACAGAAAGCUAAUCGAUUGACGGAUGGGUAGGGAAACUUGUGGAUGGCUGUUAGAUGCGAGAUUUGUUUCAAUAAAAAUAAGUUGAUCGGUA